AUGGUGCAGAUCAACUGCAGCGUCGCACUCGGCGGCCAGUUGUACGACAAGGCCUGGGAAAAGUGGGUCCUGCCAGUAGCGCAGCUCACUUUGGACGUGGUGGACGACACUUGCUGGGUCCCCAUCAACGUCUCAGGAUUGUUCCGCUGGAAGACGCUGCCUUCCAUAAGUGAGUGUUUCCACAUCUGCCGCGAGAGGGUGGACUGUGCAGCGGUCCAGGAGGACAGCAGCGGUGCAUGCCACGCCAUAGUCAGUGAUGGCGAGCCAGCAGCCUUUGUUGGCCAGGUGCUCGUCCGUCUGGACAACUGCUCCGAGGAGGAAACGGACCUAAACCUCACGGCCAAGGGUGCUUGGUACGUGCAGGGAGACUAUUCCCCGUCAAACAUCUUCAAGGAGCAGGUGUCCUAUGCCCACGCGGGAACCACGCCCGAUCUGCAAUUCCAUUUUGUCCUCCGGGAGUUCGCGCACAUGCAGCUUCCGCAGGCAUGUGAGAACGCCUCCUGGCUUCUGGUGCACACGAACGCCUCGGACUUCAAGAAGGGAAGCAUGGAAGCUCCGGAGUAUUACGGCAACGCCGUGGCGUGCACUGGCCGCGAUGUCGUGGCCAAUGCCUUCGAGAAUGGCUACGAGGAGUUUGAGCUGGAGUUCCUCCCCGCAGAGCUGAACGACAGCGCUGUUUUGCAGAAGCCGGAGGCCUCGCAGCCGGCGGCGCUGAAACCUUCGGUCCGCUCCUGCACGCUGACGGCAACGUCGAGUUUCGUCUUCGGCACCUUGGAGGACCCCGAGCACUUCUCCCUGCACCCGUGCGAGUGCUUCGGGGAAGCGCACGCUCAAGCGUCGCCUGUGCUGCAGUCCUCUGAUCUGAAGGUGCCCCGCAGCAGCAGCUACAACAUCGGCACGGUCGAAGAUCAGCAGAUCUUCUCGGGUCCGUACACCUGCGAGGACACAGCGGUCCUCUCGCAGUCCUUUGACACCACCCUCUCGAGCUGCGCGUCGGGCUGUCAUGCCAACGCCAGCUGCGCCUUUUACCAGUUCUGCGCAACGUCGGAGACCUGCACUCUCUUCGAGCGCUGUGAGUUCGUCCAACAGCUCGCCGUGCAGAUGGUCAACGAGCUGUAUGGCAUCCCACCCCAAGGGGACUUCUGCCGCAUCGCCGACCCGGAGAAGUGCUGGAAGGAGAUUCGGCGCCGGAGCUUCCUCAGCCUGACACUUUCCGAUGUGCCUCGCUGUCUUUUUGAGGACCAGUACAACGCUUGUGACGCGCUUCAGCAGAUCUCGGGCGUGGAGGCCGGUACCUGCUCCAGAUGUCAGUACAUCAAUGCCUCCAGCACGUAUGCGGCCCAGGGCAUGCAGAAGGUGCCUUUGCCGACAGAGUUCCCAGCCGCCUCUCAGAUUUCCAUCAGCUGCAACUACACCACCCGCAUGUUCUCAAGGCAGGACGAUGGCCGAAAGUGGGAUGGCCCGCGUCAAAGCGCUAUCUUCACAUGUGUCAGUGGCCAGUGGGUUGGCGAGCUGGGCGCGUGGCAGUACGUCGGCAACCUGAGCUGCCAGGAGUGCAUACAAGUGGGCACGCCGAGCUUGGGAAACUUCUCCAGCGUGAGCCUCCCCGAGGUGUACUUCCUGGAGCACCGGCUGAUGCAGGUGCAUCAACGGCAGCUUAUGGGAACGGAAUCUCCAUUCCUUCUGACCUGGUUGCUUCUAGGUAGAAGUGUGCCAUUCUGGAUGGCUCGGAGGCCUCUUGGGGUUGUAAGUGACUGUUGGCUUGGGGUCCUUUCUCACAUUCGGAUUGAAAUCCUGCUGGAGAUUUGCAUCUUAGACGGGUUAUUCCCAUUUCCGUCAUGCACCCGAAACCCUAAACCCCAAACCCCUAAACCCUAA